GCAACUUUCUGAUAAGUUGAUAAAGACACUAAUAGUAUUUACUUACCUCUAAUGUGUUACAAUGUUUGCCAGUCGGUUAACUUAUUUUUCACCAUAAAAUAUUUAAAUAUACGUAUAAUGUAUGUAUGUAUGAACAGAGUGAUUAAUAUUGCUCCCCUAACUUAAAUUAUGGGCAGCCAUUUAUGAUAUUACCAUACUGAUACCAUAUAAAUUCACAUGCUAAUUAAGAAGAGCUAAAAAUUAUUCUCAGCAGAGUGAUGGGAAGCGAGAGUGAUCGAUUAGAGCAGAGUGGAUAUAAGAUAAUUUUACUGGUGUUUUUAACUGUAGAUUGAUCGCAUCCAGAACAAGACUCUGUAUGAACAGUACAAGGUGAGAGCCCAGACUAUUGACAAGGCCAAACCAAAUCAAGUGAAUGAAAAAACACUGUGGCAUGGCACUCUGAAGGAGAUGCAGUCCAGCAUCACCACGUACGGCUUUAAUCGCAGCUUCUGUGACGCAACCUUGGACGAGUUAGGACAAGGUGUGUAUUUCACACAGACAUCUGAACUGGCUGUCAGCAAGUACUGCAAAGAAGAUGUACAGAAGCAGAAGUAUCUGUUCCUCAGCAAGGUUAUCACAGGAGAGUUCAUCAAAGGAACCGCCAAGUCAAGAGUUCCUCCCUGCAUCGACAGUGCAAAACCAGAAGUCUUGUACGACUCGGUGGUGGACGAUUCCAGUAAUCCCACAACCUUCGUCAUAUUCAAUGACACACAGGCGUAUCCAGAGUACCUGAUUGUUGUCCAGUCUUAACUGCAGUACAUUUCGUUACAGUCUUAUCUGGAAUAGACUUUUGGACGUAUAACUGUAUUAUAUUGGGUAACAAUCAUUUCCAGAAAGACUUUCAGAUGUAUUAUAGUUGGUAACAUUCAGUUUUUCUUAACAGACUUUUACAUUUAACUGUAUUAUAUUUGGUGACACUUACUUUAUUCUUUUAACCACAUAUUACUUGCUAUGAGUUGUAUCAGGAAUACACUUUAAGGCUUAACUGUAUUAUAUCACUCAAUUUAUUCAUAAUAUAUUUUCAGAAUUAAAUGCAAUAUAUUUUGGAACAUUCAUUCCUUUUCUGCAUCUAUAGUUUGUUUUGUCUGUGUGAAAGUCGGAAUUACCAAAUGUUUGACAUCCAAUAUUCGAUUUUGAGUUACAUUUUGAUCAAAUAUAUCAUUUGAAUGUUUCCUACAUAAUAUUUGGUUUUUAUUUAUUUUUCAUUGAUGCUAAAAUUGAGGGGCGGGAUUUAGCUCAGUUGGUUGAGUGCUCACUUGAGGUGCUUGUGUCACAGGAUCGAGCCACCUCGGUGGAUCCAUUCAGCUGA